GUGCGACGACGUCAACGCGCUCGGCGAGGAGGUCAAGGCGUUCGUCAUCGAGCGGAGCAUGGCGACGCUCUACCCGCCGUACUGCGAGAAGUUCGGAUGGAUGAUGGACGAGAAGGCGGCGGAGGACAUGCGCGCGAGGAACGAGGCGCGCGUCGCGGAGCUCGACGCGAAGAUCAAGGACGCCGAGGAUAACCUGGGAGACUCGGAGGUGAGAGACGCGAUGCUCGCAAAGGCUGAGUUCUUCGCGGAGGUUGGCGACCGCGAGAGCGCGCUCGCCGCGUUCGACGCGUGCGAGAAGAAGACGGUCGCCAUCGGCCAGAAGAUGGAGAUGGUCUUCAGCGUCAUGCGGCUCUGCAUCUUCCACGACGACUGGGUCGCGCUGGAGAAACAGAUUGCCAAGCUGAAGGAUCUGCUGGAGCAACCCGGCGGGGCGGACUGGGAGCGCAAGAACAGGCUGAAGGUGUACGAGGGCGUGUACAAGAUGGCGCGCCGCGACUUCGCGGGCGCCACCUCCCUCUUCCUCGAGUCCCUCUCCACCUUCACCACGUACGAACUCAUGACGUACGACGAGUUCGUCUUUUACGCAGUCGCGUGCGCCGUCGUGUCGCUCAAGCGAACGGAGCUGAAGGCGAAGGUGAUCGACUCCCCGGAGGUGCUCGCCGUCAUCGAUAACAUCGCCGGGGGUAGCGUCAGGGACAUGGUCAACUCCCUCCACGCGUGCAAGUACCGGGAGUUCAUGCUCGCUUUUCCCAACGCGGCUGACGCGGUGAACAAGUCGACGUGGCUUCACGCGCAUCACAGGUACUUCCUCAGGGAGGCGCGCGUCGCCGCGUACGCCCAGUACCUCGCGUCGUACAAGUCCGUGACUGUGGCGUCGAUGGCGUCGAGCUUCUGCGUGAGCGAAGAGUUCAUCGACGCGGAGCUGUCAAACUUCAUCGUGGAGGGCAGGCUCAACGUGCGCAUCGACAAGGUGAACGGCGUGUUGGUGACAAACAGGCCAGACGCGAAGAACGCGCUGUACCAGAGCUACAUCAAGGAGGGCGACCACCUGUUGAACCGCAUCCAGAAGUUAUCCAGGGUGAUUGACCUGUGAGCGGCGUCGUUAGCGUCCUUUGUGAUCGAUGCGAACGUUGAU